AACUCUCUCUCUACCCUCAAAACAGCAAUUGCGUCGAUGGUUCGAGUCGACUCCAGUUGCCGACAGCCGACCCGAAUUCAAACAGUAACCUACUAGGAAUAGAUUAAAUUGUUGACUCACCGCAUUGUUGGCAGAGACGCUUGAAUUCAUACCAUUUGUCGUAGAAUAUUUGGCCGUAACAUAUGGUCGAAGUUUAUUCGUUUUGCCUAAUAUUGAUCAACUUAACAAACGGUAUAUUUUGAAUGUUUUACAGAAGUGUUACUUACACUAGUUCUUCUUUGUGCCUGUAAUUUGAUUGGUAAAACUAGUUUUACAGUUUUCAAGAUGAGUGAUGAAACUUCGUUCUGUAAAAAUUGUAAACGAUUGGUCCCAACCACCUCUUUUACUCUUCAUUCCACUCACUGUGAAAGAUUUAUACAGAUAUGUAGUAAAUGUCAGGAGCCUUUUCCUAAAUCACAGCUUGAAGAACAUGAAAAUGAAGUACACAAAGAAAUAAAUUGCAAGGAUUGCAAUCAGAAAUUAGAAAUGAAGGAUCAAAUCAAUCAUUUGGCAAACUGCUGCCCUAAGAGACUGAUUUCUUGUGAGUACUGUGAAGUACAAUGCAUUGCUAGUAAUAUAGAGGACCAUGAACUUGCUUGUGGCAGCCGAACUGAGAUGUGUGAUAUUUGCAAAAAUCAUGUUCUUGUUCGAAUGUUAAAGAUUCAUGAAGAAUUGCACAAGAUCCCCACUACUUCAAGUACUAUUCAAAGUCCAAGUAAUAUUCUUGGUGUGUCAAAGGAAAAGGAAAAAGUAUCAAAUGUGGAGGACAAAAAUUUCAACAUUCCCAAAUAUCGUAAUGUGGUAUGUCAAAAUAUUCUUCAAGCCUCUGCUCCCUUGCCCGCCACUCAGUAUUCUAAAACGAAAAAUUUUGAGAAAACUCCUUCGAAGCUCAUGGAGGACGAGGAUAAACACUCACUUCUUCCUUGUGAAUUUUGCGGAGCUUCAUGUACUAUUGAGUCUUUAGAAAAGCAUCAAAUGCUAUGCGGUUCAAAUUUAGAAGCUUGUCCUCGUUGCCAAAAACAUUUCACUUUCGGACAGCUGAGUACUCAUGUCUGUUCACAGACAUUAAACAAAAGAGAACCUCAAUUUGAAGAAGAGCAUUAUUGGUCGCGGUACGUAGCUCCGGCUGUGAAGGAAGGCAUGGUUGACGAGGAAGAUAGUAUUCCGUGUGAAAAUUGUGGUUCUCUCUUCCCAAUUUCAUGUUUGGAACUUCAUGAGAUCGCUUGCAAAUUCUCGGGCGUCUCAACAACCAAUACUGUACCAGAUACUCACGAAAAUGAAUCGCCAACACAGCUUCCAGCAACCCUUAGCUCUACUGUAGAAGACGAUUAUUGGUCUCAGUACGCGAAUGUAGCUCCUACUAUCGAAAAAAGCAUGACUGAAGAAGAAACUCAUAUUCCUUGCGAGAUUUGUGGAAUUCCUUUUCCCUUGUCGUCAUUGGAGCUUCACGAGAUUUCUUGCAAAUUUGCAAGCGUGUCGACUCGGAAAGAAAUUUUGACCAGUGGAACUGGAAUAACAGUUGCUGCUCAAACGAAACCAAACAUUCAGCCGGAUAACGAGAUUACGUUUAUACCGUGUUCUUUCUGCAACAUCGUCAUUUCUUCCAGCAUUUUAGAGAUGCAUGAGGCUAGAUGCAGCAGUUUUUCUCAGCAACAGACAAUUCGUUCUCAAGUAGCGAAACCUUUGCCAAAGAAAAUUGAAAUUAAGAACACGCGUCCAGAAAGCAGCAGCCAACGUGCCUUACGUGAAAACGCACUAUUAGCUACAGAAAAUCGGUUACCGAAUACCCCCAAAAUCCAACAGUCUCAGUACAGAGUUGUCCAACUUCCAGAUGGGAGCCAGGUCUUAAAAAAACGGAAUAUUGAUAGCGAUGAUCUAGAUGUCGGUCAUGUUUUAGGUCGCAAACAACAGCAAGAAUUCGACGGAAAUCAUUUUAACGCGGAGUCUAAUGGAAUCAACAAAGAAAUGAAAAAAAGCUUGUUUCAAGAAAGCAGCCAUCUUGGAAGCUAUUCAGUGAAGGCGAAACGCGCUCACAACAAUUAUAUGUCUGCGGAUGUUCAAAAACGGAAUUCUCCAGGAAAAAGCAAUGUUGCCAUGAAACCAUCGUCAAGUCAUAGCAACGAGAUGCGCAUAUCCAAAAAGCCCAAUGCCGCGUUCAAAAAUUAUGCUUACCAACCCGAUGCGGGGAACAAACUUGGACGCGAAGAUAAUUCAGCCAACGAAAGGAAACAAAUGCAGAAUGGAACGAAUUCGACAUCUGUCUUUCGUUCAGGAAAUGCUUCGGUAAAAGGACAACCGAAUGCAAGAGUCGGCGAAGUAAACCCCGAGUUACAACAGCAGGAAGCGCGGGAUCGAAUCAACGCUGGUUUACUAGGAGCUCGACCCAAGCGUCCUCAGCAUUGACUUAAAGUGUUGAACCCUGUUUUAUUACAU